AUGACCGCUCAUUUGCGGAUGAGUGGAUUGUAUUGGGGCCUGACUGCUCUGCACAUGCUUGGUGCGCCCGAUGCGCUCGAUCGUGAAGCAGUCAUUGAGUUUGUUCUCUCCUGUCUUGAUUCGAAUGGUGGGUUCGCCGCCCAUCCAAAACACGACCCCCAUGUGCUGUAUACUUUGAGUGCAGUACAGAUUUUGUUCUUGUGUGAUGCGCUGGACCGGAUAGACAAAGACAAAACUGCUUCCUUUGUGCUUAGUUUACGUCGCGAGGGCGGUGAGUUUGUUGGCGACAAAUACGGCGAGGUAGAUACCCGGUUUAUCUAUACAGCUAUUCAAUGCCUGUGUAUUCUUGGGAAACUCGAUCUGAUCAAUGACACAGUCGACAAAACCGUCAAGUUUUUGGCGGAUUGCCAGAAUUACGACGGCGGCUUCGGUCUGACUCCCGGCGCUGAGAGCCACGCUGCCCAGAUCUUUACUGUUGUUGCUCCCCUCGACAUUCUGGGACGUCUUGACAGCAUCGAUGGGGAUGCGGCCUCGCACUGGCUCAGCGAGCGUCAAUUGCCCGAAGGUGGUCUCAAUGGCCGGCCUGAGAAAUUGCCUGAUGUGUGCUACAGUUGGUGGGUUCUUUCCCCGCUGGCGAUGCUUGGACAUCUCAACUGGAUCGAUGGCCUCAAACUACGUGGGUUUAUUCUGAGUGCCCAGGACGACGAGACAGGCGGCCUCGCGGAUCGGAAAGGCGACGAGCCAGACGUGUUUCACACCAUUUUUGGUCUAGCUGGGCUAUCGCUCCUUGGAUACGAAAACCUCGAGCCAAUUGACCCUACGUUUUGUUUGCCGCUUGCCUUGACAAAAAAGCUCGAUUGGCCAGGUAAAAGUAAACGCAAGCCAUUUAGCACCUAA